AUGUAUCAAAAUUUUCGGCCUUCACCAAGACAAAUACCUUAUGCUAGUUACUCUAAAAUCACGAAGCCAAAUACCAUACACCAGUGUGAUCUUAUCAAAAUACCAUAUGAUGUAGAUACAAAUUCACUAGAUGAUGACCUAAUAUUUUACUAUGUAUUAUUAGUUAUAGACUAUGCGACUAGGUAUAAAGAUUUCAUUUUUUUAACGUCAAAAAAUAGUGAAGAAGUUGCGGAAGCAUUUAAGAGUAAAUAUGAUAACUCUGACAACUCUUUUAACUGGCCUCGGCUAUUACAACGUGAUGAAGGUCGUAAGUUUAUAGGAAGUGUGAGAUUGAUAAUAGAUGAACAUAAUGUUAAUAUCCAAAGAAUUAAGGCACGUUUUAGACACACAAGCAUGGCAAUGGUUGAUCGUUAUGCCGGAUUAUUCGAAUUAAGAGUUUUUAAAAACCAGUAUGCAAUAGAGUUUCUCUUACCUAACAGUGAACACUGUAGAGAAUGUGAAUGGUUUGUAUGA